AUGAAGGGUUCCGCCAUCGCGACAACCCUCACCUUGGGUGCCUCCGCUGUCCUCGCCGCUCCUUCCAUCAAGGCGCGUGACGAUGUGACUGCGGUUACCGUGAAGGGAAAUGCCUUCUUCAAAGGUGACGAGCGGUUCUACAUGCGUGGUGUCGACUACCAGCCCGGAGGCUCCUCCAAAUUGUCCGACCCCAUCGCCGAUCCCGAAGGCUGCAAGCGUGACAUCGAGAAGUUCAAGGAUCUCGGUCUGAACACCAUCCGUGUCUACUCCGUGGAUAACUCCAAGAACCAUGACGAGUGUAUGAACGCCCUGGCGGAUGCUGGCAUCUACCUGGUGCUCGAUGUCAACACUCCCAAGUACUCCCUCAACCGUGCCAACCCCAAGGUCUCCUACAACGAAAACUAUCUUCAGUACAUCUUCGCUACUGUCGAUGCCUUUGCCGGCUACAAGAACACUCUGGCCUUCUUCUCCGGUAAUGAGGUCAUUAACGACGGCCCCUCCUCCAAGGCCGCCCCAUACGUCAAGGCAGUCACUCGUGAUCUCCGUCAGUACAUUCGCAGCCGCAACUACCGUGAAAUUCCUGUUGGAUACUCUGCUGCCGACAUCGACACCAACCGUCUCCAGAUGGCCCAGUUCAUGAACUGUGGUACUGAUGACGAGCGUAGUGACUUCUUCGCUUUCAAUGACUACUCCUGGUGUGAUCCUUCCUCCUUCAAGACGUCCGGCUGGGACGAGAAGGUGAAGAACUUCACUGGCUACGGUCUCCCCCUGUUCCUUUCUGAGUACGGCUGCAACACCAACAAGCGUCAGUUCCAGGAAGUCAGCUCCCUUUACAGCACCGACAUGACCAGCGUCUACUCUGGUGGCCUGGUCUACGAGUACUCCCAGGAGCCCAGCAAAUAUGGUCUUGUUGAGAUUAACGAUAACAAGGUGAAGACUCUUUCUGAUUACGAUGCUCUGAAGUCGGCCUUCGAGAAGACCAGCAACCCCAAGGGCGACGGUGGCUACAACCAGACCGGUGGUGCCAACCCUUGCCCCGCCAAGGACUCCCCCAACUGGGACGUUGACAGCGAUGCUCUGCCUGCUAUCCCCGAGGGUGCUAAGAAGUUCAUGAAGGACGGUGCUGGCAAGGGUGAGGGUUUCUCCGGCAAGGGUAGCCAGAGCGGUGGUGGUAGCACUUCCACUGGCACUGCCGAGCCCGGCUCUGGCUCUGCUACCGGCAGCUCUGGCAGCUCCUCUGGCAGCUCCUCCUCGUCCUCAUCUGCUGGUGUCAUGAACAUCCCCAACAUGUCCCUGGCGCCUCUCGUCGUUGGCAUGGUCACUGUCAUGUCCACUUUCGUGGGUGCUGGUCUUGUUCUUGUUUAA